AUGCAGGCAGUGGCCGAUGCGCGUGUGCUGCUGGCGUCAACCAAGGCGGCGGGCAUGGGCCUGAAUGUGACUUGCGCAUGCCGCGCCAUCAUCCUUGACGUCUGGUGGAACGGCGCCUUCGAGGACCAGGCGGUGGACCGCUGUCACCGGCUGGGGCAGACGCGCGAGGUGCAUGUGUCCAAGCUCAUCAUGACGCGCCGCGACCCCUCCAAGGAAACCGUGGAGCAGCGGAUCAUGGUCAUGCAGGACCACAAGAGGGAGAUUGCAGAGGCUGCGCUGGGCAGCGAGGGGACCUCCGGUGGAGCACGCCUGUCGCUGAAUGACCUGCGUGUCCUCUUCGGCAUUCGCCGAGCCGGCUGA